AUGAUGUCAGGAUUCGUAGAGACUCUUGUUGCGUCGAAAGUCCAUCCUUUGACAAAGGCCGAAAAGGAGGAAGAAGAGGAAAGGGGAGAGCCAACGAAGGCAAGUAAAGAUGGGGCGGAAAGUAUAAUUCGCCAAAGCAAAGGGACCAAGAUGCAAGAAGUUUCCCGCCACGAAGACGAUGAUGAUGAUGAUAUCAAGUUGACCAAGACCAAAAACUCAUCAGAUUUGUGUCCUAUCCUUGGCCCCAAGGGUCAACCACAUAGAGAUGUUAAGGGUGGAAAAAGUACACCAAAAUGGAAGCAGCGGGUCCUUGAAAGAUUAAACACAUCGAAUCUUGGAGGAGGGAGAAUCGAGGCUUGUGUUCAAAUAGAGAGGCUAUCGAUCGUUUGCUUGGGCAGGCCCGAAAUCGUAUUAUCACACCCUUUCAUCUCUAGUCCAAAAGCUUGCCUUUUCACGCUAAAGGAGGGAACUAAAUACCGAUUGAAGUUCACCUUUGUCGUCUCCAACAAUGUUGUAUCGGGUCUCAAAUACGAGCACACUCUGUGGAAGGCCGGCAUACGAAAUUUCCACAUGGCAUUGUCUCUACAUUGA